AUGGAGAAAUAUGGAAACCUUCAGUUGAUUAAAUCCAGCUUCUUGAGCCGCAGGUAAAUAUACAACAACCGUCUGAAAUAGCUGCACUUGAUGGAAAAAAACAACGUUUGCAUUAGCUGGGUGUUCUAAACUAGUUGCUGCUGGGCCACACAUAAUUUAGGCCAGUUGCUAAGUUUUUUGAUGAUAUAUUGCUCCUUGUCUGCAGGUGGAGAGCAUUUAAAGGUGUAACUAAGUUACAAUGGAUCUUCAGGAGUUGUCAAACUUUAUUUGUUUGCAGUCCUCCUAACCUCCCUCAUAAUUUAUCUUUUCCGUCUGCACCUUGCCUGGAGAAAUUCAUUCAUUCUCUACAUCUGUCAUCUGGAAACUCUCCCCAACAGCUGGUACAUUUCCUCUUCUUUAUACCUUCAGGUGGCACAUUUUGUGUUAACCAAACCUCUCACACCCACGUUAUUGUAAAUUUCUGGCCCCACUUUCUCACUUUGAUGAAUUCCCACAAUGAAAUGUGUCACAUUUACACUAAAAUUGAAACUAAACAUUCAUAAGGCUGGCACAAAGCAUGUAAGCAUCUUUUGCUUCCAAUCUUGUGAGCUGCUGCUUCUCUUUGUCCAAAGUUUCAAGUUAUUUUCAUUUAAGAAAUCCACUAAUUUCACUUUGGGCUUUGGCUGAAUAUAAAUCCCAGAUUUUGACAUUUUGCAUUGGAAACAAUUAGAAAACACUGUUGAGAUGAAUUUUUAAUGGAUACUUAGUGUGAUGUGUGCUGCUGUUGGGUUUUAGCCAUCCCACAGAUUAUUGGCUCAGAUUGUUGUAAGCUGUCCAUUAAUAGCUUUUACGUUGGAGGAAAGAGUGUAAACUGUGGUAUGAAUCAUUGAUGGGACUCUAGCAUUCUCAUUGUAAUUCACUUGGUUUAAAAUCUUGGAGUGAAACGUUUUUUUUAUUUUUUAUUGUGUUGAUGGAUCAGGAUAAUGGGGUUUUCUCUGCAUUACCUCAAGAGUCAUGGUUAAAUAUAUCCACAUGGUGUCACUGCAGCACUGAUACUUGAAGGGCUCCAUUAACAAAAUGACUUCUGCUGUGAUAAGCUGUCAAAAAAGCCCAGGCCAUCACAAAUCAUGCUCCACAGAAACUACUGUGGACAUACAUUAUGUACCACUCAGUGAAGAUGAUUCGCUACGCUAUCAGACUGGACUUGACCAGGUAGGAUAUUCAUUUUUUAAUUAAUCUAUUAGUUAUUUAGCUCUUGUGUACAAAGUAUUCAGGAGUGCAGACAUUUUUAUGGGUGAUAUUUCACUUUAUUUUGAACCUCAAACUCUUACUAAUGCAUGUGUUGGCUCGUAUCUGAAAAGACAGCUGUUCAACUCCAGCAAAUCACUGAUGAAGACCCGAUGUUUAGAGCAUGUAUUUUAGCGAACUCUGCAUCAACCGGUGCCUCUGUUUUUAUUCUGCUUAUCUCCUGAAGACACACACCAGCUCCACCACCAGCAACGCAGGCUGCUUCUCCUCCCCUGCCCCCACCCGACCAAACCCCACACCAGACCGGAGCAACUGACCUGCUAACACACACACAGCCAUAUGGCCCAGCCGGGACGAGACACCAUACAGUAAUUAGGGGGAUGGUGCCGGACACUUGGCUCUGCUGCAGCAGCAGGUUAAGAAGCACAAGUCCUCAGAUCACCAUGCCGAGCUCCGAAAACCUCACAGGUAUGUUUCUUUUUAAGACCAAAGUCGCAGCUUUGUUGUUACACUGCUGCGACUCUCAUUGUUCUUAAAGCAGGAUGAUUGUUUGUUAUGGUCUCAAGCCACCCUGGCUACGUUUGGGGAGUACACAGAGGUCCCUCUAUACAAAUAAACACUCACACACACACACACACAAACACGCACAUACUGUGACAUUUUCACCUUUACCCUUGAGUCUGCUCUGAAGCCUUUAUCUUGCCUGUGCAGAAAUGUCAAGAAAAUGACUUUAAAUGAACACUGUUGUUCAGCUGAAAAAUGAUGCAGGAAUAAUGCGUGUGUAUGUGAAGGUGGUGGGGUUUACUAUCUUGAUACAGCAUUGCAUCAGCAUCUAAUCUGCCACAUUCCUCGUCGGCGUGUCACGUUAUUAUUCAAGGAUCUUUAGGAUGCUUGAAUCAGCACAAAUUUAAAAAUUCACUGUCUUGCAACUGAAGCAUUUUGCAGUUCAGUUGAAGACACACAGAGCUCUCCUCUUGGCCGCUGCUGUCCGUCGCUGCCUCAACUACACUCUGACAAGGAGAUGGGGGGGUGGGGGGGAGGUAAAGCUGUGUGUGCAAGAGAGAGACAGAGAGAGAGAGAGAGAGAGAGAGAGAGGAGGAGAAAGAGGGGGGCUGGCUUAAGUGUGAUGUGAAUGGAAUAGAAUCAGAGAGAGAGAGAGAGGGAGGAGGACGGCACAAAUCAACCUGCCUCUUGACUUUAACAACAGAAAAAAAGAGGAGCCGGUUUAGACGCCACAGAGAUCGAGGAAGUGCGCGUAUUUGUGUUUUUAUGUGUGUGUGUGUGAUCUCUGCUGCUUGAUUUAUUUUUGGAGAGAGGAAGAGGGAGAGAGAGAGGUCUGCAGACAGGAGGAGGAACUGAAGCAGGAGGAGGAGAACAAGCCUCACCGUGGAGAUAGAUAGCAGAAAAAUGCUGUCAUGGGGAGAGCAGGGGAGGGAGUCGGCAGAGAGGAACAGGAUGAAACAAGGCAGGGUCGAGCGGAGCUGAAAUGUGGAGGUAAGCCUAUUUUUCUUUGACUGUGUUCAGAUUAGGGAGAAUUCACAUUCCAGCCUCCCCAUGUCCUCUUUCUGAUGAUAAUGAAUUCAGAUGGAUGGAUGUGCACACCGUGAACGCCACAUACCUCCGUACAGGCAUGCUCAAUCCAGCCAGAGACAAUGUGUAAGAGCAGCAGAGGAGAUGAAAUAAUGACUGUGUAUUAUCACAUCACCGUCCUUUCUCCUCUUCAGCUCAUUGUGCUGAUGUCAGCCCUUAAAAAUGGAUUUUACACACUCUUCUCUGGUUCUCCUCAACAUACAAUUUAUAUUAGAGGUUUGAAUCCAGCUCUCAACCUUUGUCGCAUUUCAUCCCUACCUCCCCCCUCCUCCCUUACCUCCUCCUCCUCCUCCUCCUCCUCUCCCGACUCUAACCCCCCAUCAUCUUUCCGGUCUCCCGCCAUUGUGCUGCACUCCUCUAACCCAGGCAGGCAGGGGAUUGUCUCAAAAACAGUGUUUUGACAUUGCCCAGGAGAUGCCUUGGCGGAAAAAACCUUGCCUGUGCUCUGCUGUGAGGGAGCGCGUGUGGCUGCAGGACUCAGAGAGAGAUGAGGGCAAGGUGGGGAGAGGAGGAGGGGAGGGGAUGGGGGGACACUGAGAGAAUGGAAGAGAGAAAGAAGAUGCAGGAACACAAAGGGAGCAGGAUUUUUUUUUUCUAGAUGCAUUUUAUGCUCAUUUAUUCUAUAGGACAAGAAAAAGAGCAUCAGUGUGCGGCGUGCUGCGAGGUUUGUGUUGAUGAGGAGCUCUGUGACACUGCUGCAUGUGAUGAUGAGCACAAACAAUGAUGGAAUGGAGAAGCACCACCGGAAUUGGGGUGUUGUUUUCAAGGUGGCAGAGAAAAUGAGGGAUGCAGGGAGUCAGACCCCCCUCUCACACACACCCUGCUUCCUCCUCACCCUCCUCCCUCACUCUCUAAUUUAGGACGGGGCUGAUGUGUGUUUAUGAGACAUUGGGGUUUCAGGGGAUGGGAUGGUAAGGCUACUGAGGGGAAAGAAAGGCAGGGAUGAAGAGCUGCUGGGGGGUGUGGGGGGAUGGGGGGGGGCACAAGCAGCAGCGGCUUACAUAAGCCAGUGCACUCAAAGGACGGGCCAUUUAAUUUACAUUCAGCCGCGCGGCUCCUCAUGCAGUGUGGUGCUCACUGUGGUUGACAUGAGCAUUUUAAACAAUAUAAAUGCAGUUGGAGCUGACAUGAUGGAGGGAAGGAUGUGUGAGGGCUGAAUGUGACCUGCUGACUUUGUGUCGGUGUGUUUGCGUUCCUGGUAAAGGCUGGCAGGAGGGCGAGAUGUUUUCCAUCACAGUCAACUUUGAAUAAAGGGUCAUUGGGUUUGUAGUUGCUGAUGAAAAUCCACCUUCUUUUUUUGGCUGUAACGUACUGUAAAGUUAAAGCCCGUGGUAGAUGUCUGCGUGGAGUGCACUGACACAACUGUGCUAACUGUAUGCAGCCCACUCACCCAACUCAGCUGCUGUGGAUUCAAGUUCUGCAGCUGGCUAACCUCUGCACCGCAUCGAAAUCACAACAGUAAAAUUCUCACUUAAAUCUAAUACAAGCAGAAACCUAAAUCAACCACAUUUUUGAUAGUUUUGAUAAUUUAAAAACACUCUUUACACAAAUUAUCAAUGACAUUGUGCCAUUUUAGUCCACAGAGGAUGAUUAAUAGAUUUCUAUUACUUUCUCUCUUAUCAUUUAAAAGUCUUUGCACUAAUUGUUUUCCAUAAUCGAAUCAGCUCAAUUACAUGCAUGACAAUCACAUGUCUGUGCUGCCACAGUGAGGACUUACAGCAUUAUAUGAGAGUGCUGACAGGAGAUAGGAGAUGUUUGGAUUAGGGUGUUAACAAACGAUGUCAUUUCAGAGUACGAUCAAUCAGUAUCAAUGAAUCAGCUGUUUAUUUCUUGUAUAGAUUGUCUGAUAACAAUAAAAGUCUGGCUAAAAUUAAUCAAUUACAAAUAAAAGGGUAUCUUGAAUCAAUUCAAAACUAGUAUUGUCAAAGAAAAGACCUAGUGGCAUAUUUUUAGAGGCAUUACAUUUGUCAAGUGUCAUAUGUUCUUUAUUGACACUUUCAGAGACACUAUAAGUGAGUACAUGUAUUGUUUGGGCCCCUGUUUUAAAUAAAGCAGUACAUAAAAUGACACAGUACAUUUUUUUUCUAUCAGUGAUCAAAAUGUUAUUGCUGACCGCUGCUUAUCAAAGCAAAUGCUGCAUCAGGGGUUGGAUUAUGAUCUGGAGUUUGAUCUGUUCCUAGCACAUUUGACACUCGCAAAAGCUCGGUCUGUUAAUCCCCGGCCUCGCAGCAGGAGCAGCAAUUUGACAUGCUUAAUAUGUAGGACCAUAUUUUGUUGUUGUGCCUUUUUUUCCAUAGAUGAGAACAGAAAUUUCCGAAUGACCCAAAACCCAGCCAGCAUCUAGCAGGGGUUUGUUUUUCUUAGUGCAAUAGUACACAACCCAGGGGUGUGUUUUCCUCUGAGGGGCCGUGUGUUGUGUGGGACUUGUACUAUUCCAGGUUGAGUAGGAGGGGCAGCGGAGUCAGAGGAGACUUUUGAAUCGAUCGGCCUACUUUUAUUUCCUCCACCAAACAAUCACCAGGAGAGCCUGCCUGUGUACAUGUGUGUGUGCGUGUGUGUGCCACGUUCGGCUCUUAUUGUGUAGCACAGGGAGGUAAUGCCAUUAAAAUAAUCCUUAAUGCGCCCUGGCUCUUUGUUUAUGCCCACUGUAACCCCUGACGUCAGAAUCCACUGUCAUUAUGGUGGCAUAGAAAGGUUCAGAGAGAGAGCUGUGUUUUUUUUACUGUUUGCCCUUUGAAAAUCAGGACUCGUGGGCUUAAAUGAUGAAAGUGACAGUUUGUUAGCAGCAUCGCACCGUUAUUCAGCGAGGUUGAGUCACUUUCAGGGUUGUUAGAUCAGACUGAUGUCUCCUGAUGCUGUUUGUCUGCGAGGACUUUAACUUGAGAUCAUGUCUUUUAUGGUGUGUCUCUCAGAACGAUUCAGCCAGAGCAAAAAGCUUCUAACAGACACAUCCUGCAGUCUUCACUUGACAAAAUAAAGAAGAUACAGGCUGUGAAAGAGUUAUUUCUGUGGGAUCUUUUAGUUCCAACCACUCUAAGCAGCCAGUGUGUGUAUAUUUGAACCAAAAGUUGCCGUAAUGUGACACAGAUACAAGCAAAGCCACUCUGCUCUAUUUCUCCUUCCUUCCAUUAAGAUUGAGAUAAACAUGUUGGAGGGUUACCAGGCAGAUUUAGUUCUGGUCUGACUCAGCAUCCUAUCACUCCUCUCAUUUGGAGCCAUUUUGCAUGGCUACACCCGGCAGGCUCCCCAUGGGGGGCUCAGCAAGGGAGGCAGUUGGACAGGCGGAGUCUUGUCCUCAUCGGAUGGCAUGAUGCUGGCAGAGUAAGCCUCCGGCUGGAUCCUCUUAGCGUGUGCUCCGAGUUGUCACCUGUCCCCCGUUGGUUAUUGGUCUUAAUACAAGAUCAGGCCUUGUUGGUUUUAUCUGAGGCUGUUUCUGUCCACCAAUUAGAGGAGAGUAAGGCUCAUCUGGAGUUUUUAAAAUGGUAUCUCCACACACUUGAGGUAUAUUAGAAACAGGGAUUUCUAAAGAGAUUUGAACAUAUUGGGAGUUAUAUCUCUGAAGAGAUGCUGUGUUCUUCUUUUUAUGUAUCAUUCAUGACUGGAGCUUUAAAAAAAUGUCCCUUAAUGGUUUUAAAACUCCCUCUGUUUGCACAACACUGUGUUUUAGGUGUUUAAUUUGAUAAAAUGAAAAAAAAAAUCUUUGUAAUAUCCCUUAAGGCAGUGGUUCUCAAGUCCAGUCCUCGAGCCCCCCACUGUCCAGCAUGUUUUGGCUGUUUCCCUGCUCCAACACACCUGAUUCAAAUGAUCAGCUCGUUAUUAAGCUAUUACAGAGCUUGUUAACGAGCUGAUCAUUUGAAUCAGGUGUGUUGGAGCAGGGAAACAUCCAAAACAUGCAGGACAGUGGGCCUCGAGGACUAGACUUGAGAACCACUGCCUUAAGGGAUCAACCAGCUGUUUGAGAGAGGUCAUGGCUGAACAAAGAAAAAGCCACAUGCUUUUAGGGAACAAAACCACUAUUCACACAUGCAGGUUUAGAUGCAUUUAAAUAGACAAUUUGGAUUUUGUAAUCACAGAUGGAGUGUAAGAGCAACAUAAUGGGAAAAUAUCUGUAGAUUUAUACCACAUAAAUACCAAUAAGAUCGUUUUUAGAUGUGUGGAAACUACAGUCUUCAUCAAACAUAGAGAUAUAUGUACACUGACUGAACAUAUAUACACAAUAAAGCAAGGAUUACAUCGUAAAAUGAAGCCCGUUUGAGCUUUUUGUCCCUCUUUGUUAUGUCAUACAUACAUUAAACCAUUAAGCGGUGCAGUGGGUCCUUCUCAUUGUUCGCAUUGCUAUUACAGGAGAAGAGCACUCGAGGGUAUUUCAGAGCUGCUGAAAGCAGACCAGGAGAGACCAUUCACGCUCACGCCACGUCACUUCACGGCCGCAGAUAGAGAUCAGAGAGGCAGAAAACAUCCCACACUGAGAGAAGAUUCAAAAUACUCUCAUGGAGGAUGUGCUAUUAUUUAAAAAAAACAAUUCAAAGUUUCUAAUUUACUUGUUUCCAUUAAAGACCCCUCUUUGUUCUUUCAUAAAUUUGAGGAAGAAGUUGCGGCCUCAACUGUUUCAUUUUACAUGUGAAGGAGCAAAAAUACAGAAGUGAGAGGGCAGGUUGAGCAGAUAGUUUCAGUGCUGCGUUGUUUGUCCACACAGGACAUAACCGAAACCACGCGCCGAGACAGACGUGACCUCAGUGUUAAAGGUGGGAGGAGGGGUGUGGUCUAAUGUUUUCUUUGAAGUUAAGUUUGUACACACGUCUUUUAAUCUCGGUGGUUGUAGUUAACGUGAUACAAAUGCACGCCUUGCAGUCACUGCCAUUGUGUGUCAGUUUGCAAACCUUAGUGAAGAAAAAUGAACUCCAGAAAUAAUGAUGCGGGCUCCAGGCACACUCUGACGAACUCCAAAAAUCAGCAGCUUCCAUGAUGGCUCGGUUAAUCAUUUCAUGCAAACCUUCAUGUUCACUUGUGAUAUACACAGCUUGCUUGUGACGCACUGAGUGUUUUCUUCACAAAGGUAAAGCCACAAAUGUACCAAACUAGUUCCCUCUGGUGACUUCAGCUUAUGCCGAUAGCUUAAAAAAACAGUGCAUGAGCUGCUGUCUGCAUUACCACAGCUAGCACAUUGGUGCACGAUCUGCUCAUUUUUAUGUAGGUCAGAAGUUACAGAGCUGCUGGUGUUAAUGACACAAGGCCAUCAGGCAGGAGAGAGGCUGCUCACUACAGCAAGAGCAGACCUGUUAUGUGCAGAAAAUACUCAGUUAGUGGGAUUUUUAUUUUUUCCCAGUUUGGACUUUUUUUUUUUUUGUUUUUGAACCUUAUAUUCUUUAUAACUGCCACACUUUAAGGAUUAAGGUGCAAGAUUUUAUACAAAUGUGGGCGUUUUGGAGAGAUUAACAGCAGUAAGAAUCAACACUUCUUCAUGCAAGUGUACACAAUGUGUAGUUAAAACAUCACUACACCAGAAUUAUCAGCUUUGACACAAUCUAGGUAAAGGUGACAGGAAAAAAGCUGCGCUGGGUAAGGAAAAAAAUACACGUUUCAAUUUUGAAAUACUAACUUGUACACUGUACACUGUGCUGAUACAGAGGAAGUCAGUGAACACAUACCUACACAUUUAUGAUUACGUUUAAAUUUAAAGCAUUAGUAGUAGAAAGUAAACCCCUCAAAACAAACAGAAAAUAAGAAUUCAGUUCUCUGAUUCAACUUUUGUCUCCCCCUCUUCACUUACUCUCUUAACUCACUUGAGAGUAGCUGCUUUUGCCGAGUUUUAAAACCUAUUUUUUCUCAGUGCUUUGAAUACAAUGAGAUGUAAAAUUUGUGGACAAAUUUGUGGUCAUUCAAAACACAUAAUAUAAAAUCAUUAAAGUAGUAACCGCACUGAUAGCCCCUGCUGCUGUGGAGUUACUCUUGUUUGCAACAGAUUUUUACAAAUAACACACUGACAAUAUUUGCAGACUUAACAAAUAGAACAGUUGGGCAGGAGGUAAUAAUCAUUAGUAAAUAGUCCAAAGGAAAUAAUAACUCCAGUCUCCACAUACAGAUUGAUGAACUGAAGGGAGAUGAUGCCUCCACUUUGAAAGUCAACAGAGACUGGAGUCUAUUUCUUCAAUAAUGAUGGCAAUUUAUUUCCACCAUGAAGAUAAUGAACACAGGCUCAAACAGUGCAGCCUGUCUCCUCACUGCAGCACCCUGCAGUCAUAAGCAACUCUUAUUUAGAGCAAGUGCAAACAGCUUUUGGAGAUUUCCUCCCAUAAAAAGUGAUUUUCAGCUGAUAAAUGGGUGCGAGUGUGGAGACUACGAGCGAUGCAGCCCUUUCAUGGGCAUUCAGAUAUAUUUCAGUGGACGAUAAAAAAAACAAGGAAUAGGAGGAGGUCAGUGUGUCGUCCUCUGUAACUCUGAGAGGUAGGGCAACAGAUCUGAUAGCAAUAUUGGACCAUAUUUUUCCUCCUCCUUUUAGAGCAGCUCACACUUAUGACAGAGUAGUAAACAUGAACUGUGUUUAAACAUAAUAGACGCAGUCAUGAAACUGAGGGUCAGUUCCUCUCUCUGUUACCUCUCUCUGUUACACACACACACACACACACACACACACACACACACACACACACACACACACACACACACACACACACACACAGGGCGCUCACAGAGGGGCAGCUGCUCUUCCUGUCACAUCUAUGAGGCUUUUAUAGAGUCAGCAAAGACACACAUGCACUCUCACAUUGAGGCCUUGAAUCUCUCUGCUUGUCCCUUAUUCACACACACACACACACACACACACACACACACACACACACACACACACACACACACACACACACACACACACACAUACAGGCCUGCCACAAGGUGUAUUUUCACACACAGGAAGUGGCAGUGCUCUGCCAGCACACAGUGUCGAUGUCAUGGUGAAUAACAUGUCAAACAAUAGCCAAAAGAGUCCUGUACUUUCUUUUCACUCCAGCAGAACGGCACGUAGAUUUUUAUUGGAAACAGUAGUGUUCAUAUUUAAGAGUGCACCAGCUUUAGGUUGUGCUAUUUAUUACAAGAGGAAGUCAGGUUUUAAUAUGGACAAGACUAAAGAUGGAGCUUUGCUGAGUGUACUUCCUCUUUUGCAUUUGCAGAAGGGGCAGGUUCACUGAUCAUGCAUCCACAAAAAGUCGAGCAAAAAUACAAAAAAAAGAAGUCUGCAUGCACAGAAUUGCGUAAUAUUUAUAGUCCUUUAGACAGCAUGAGUGUUUUUUUGUACAUAUCAGCAGCUUGUUCUUUUCUAAAAAACCUCGUCUUAUAAAAAGACAACAUACAGAAACGAAAAAAAACUGAACCGAAACUGGUGCAGACACCACUGAAGUCACAUGACAGGUGACCUCAACCAAACUGUAAGACAAAGAAGUGAGACACAGACUCAGAUCUUAACAAAUCUGCUCCAGUCUGUCUGCGUGUGCGUCCUCAAUGGUCUGAGAGUGGACAAGGGAGCAACAGACCAAUGAAUAAUUAACAUCUCUGUAACCCUCGCCCCCUUUUCGCCCGGUCUCAUUAAUAAUUCAUCAAGCAGAAGACUUAUUUUCAAUUUUUGAAGGACACAUUUUGAGGCGGACAGCUGUCCUUGAAUCUAAAGGUGUUUGAUUGUGUGGAGAUGAAGCUUAAUCCUGCUGCAGAGCCGGGAGGGAAGCUUGACCUCCUCGUGCAACCACUACAACAGAGCUACAGAGCCAGGCUGAUGCACACAAAGGCUGCAUUUUACUGAAUCGUACUGCUGAUUGGUCCAUGACAGGGAUGAGGCAUUCAGCAUUUCCACUGAAAUAUUUUCCGACUGAGACUUUUUGGAUCCUAUCAAACCCCAACUCAAAUUUAGAUCUUUAACAGACUUUUUCUGUGAUGUAGUUAAAGGAAAAACACGUUAAGCUAACCAUUAAAGAUCCAAUUAGAGUUAACAUACCGCAAAUUAACUGACAGGAGAGAAACAAGAGAGGGCAGGUGCUCACUUUCUUUAUUUUAAUGCUUUAAUCAUUGCUUUUAAAGAGAAUAUGCAUCAAUAGGUUCUUUAAAUUAUUUAACUGCUCUGCUGUUUUCUGUCAGCAUCACCUUAAAGUGUUAUGAAAACAUCACAAGAGCAAAAUUCAUUAGAGUACCUCUCGAUUUCAACUUAGUGGGGAUGAUUUGUGUGGGACAUUUAAAGCAAAACUGUGUGGGGAAUUGCAUGCACAGCAGUUAAAUGGAUGACUAUCAAUCAAAGAAUCAAACUGGAUGUUGGCAAGGAUGGAGGUCUCUGUUACUACAAUAAAAUACUUAAAGAUAAUUUUCAAGAUUCUUCGAAAAGCAGCUCCUGUCCUUCUUUGUUGAUAGUUACCAUCUUUUUUUAAAAUUGAGCACCAGGUGUCAGGGAUGCAGGCUAAUCUGUCUUUGGGGACCAAUAGCUCGGACUGACGUGCACAAACUGUUCCAAUGAAAAAGAGAGAUAAAACACUUCACCAAAAAGAGAGAGUGAGAGUGCUGCAGUAGCAUCCACUUAGCAGCCUCUGGACUCAGCCCAAUUCGCUGUCCGCAGUGUUGCUGAAAGUGGGCUGGGUCGCCAGGGGAAGAUCGAGGAUACCUCGAGCAAGAGUUGAGUAUUUAAAUGAACUCAUUUUCUGAAAACGAUCCAGACACAUUAAUACACGUUUAGUUUCUUAAAAGCAUUGCAGGCCAGUGUCACAUAUUCUGCUGCAGAACAGGGAAGCAACCUGAUCUCAGAAGUAACAGGAUCAAUAGAGAGAGUGAGACCGAGCCCGGCUUUACAUUUCUCUAAAUCAAUCACUGCGAGGAGAUGAUUUAGAGUUUGUGGUUAAGAAUUGGAAGGGCAGCUUUUAACUAUAUAGAUGGACAGUGACACUAAAGCAGCAGCUGAUCCAGGAGCUGUGGAGCCAGACAUUCAAAGGCUUUUAAAGGAGAUACCUGAGCAGGAGGUCGAGACUGAGAGCUUUUGUUUCUCCAUCUUUGUGUAUUAUUUCAAAGUCAAGUGUCUAAAAUGUCUGAAGAUUGCUCGACCGACUUUGUGAUGGCGGUGUUGCAACUUCUCUCUUCAAUUGUUGCAGAGAAACAACCAAGUACAGCAUGAAGUUGUAAGUCAAUCAAAACAGUCAGUGCAGCUCGGUAUGAUCAAUAAAUGUGCAGAAAAUACACAAAUUUAGUCGUCACUUUUAUCAUCUAUUAAUUUCAACGCUGAUACACUAGUUUUUGAAAAAAGAGAAAUAAUCAAAUGUCAAUCAGAUAUAUCAGGAUGAACAAAUACUAAGUGACUCAAAAACAAGUUGGACUUCAGCUCAGUUCAGUUUUUACUCAUUCACACAGCAGUAUCCGUCGUAGGUGUGGAAGCAUGAAGUACAAAUGAUGACGACACUCAUCCUCUCAGGGUUCAGAAGUCAGUCAUCUCUUCCUGUUUCACAGGACGCAGACUUGCAUGAGCAGCACACAAAAUAAGUCAAGUCACCACGACUUCCCAAAACUCUGUUUGUUUGAUAGUUCUGUCCUCUGACUUCAUUUUGUGUCCUGACACCGCUCACCAGAGUCUCAUUAACCUUGUACUAGAUCUAACACGGAAGUAGACCACAUUUUUUUUCGUUAGUUUUAACAAACGCCUUCCCUGCGUGGCAUCGAUGCAGAGAAAAAACAUUGUUGAAGCAACAAUAAGACAUACAGUACAUUAUCUUUAAAAGCAGAAUAUUGUUACACAAUCUAAUUUCACGUUUCCCCUUUUGCUUUGAGGUUUUUUUAGGCUGACCUCAUGCUGUCCUCACUUCUGAUUGACACAGGAGCUCAGCACACAAAGAAAUUGAUUUUUCAGCGCUAAAAUAAAGUCCAGUUUAUCCACAGCAUGUGAGCACAAUACUGAAAUCAUUACUGUCCACUGGCUGCGAACAGAGUUUUAAGCUCUUAGAUGCAGGAUUAAACACUGCUGCCUACAUGCAUUAUUGACGUUCUUGGGAAGGGAGACCAGGACUGGUAGCACGAGGGGGAUAUGCGGAGGGCAGCAUCAUCAGAGCGUUCGCAGUGAUUACUGCAAAUAAAAAAAUCCUGGAGAGAAAGAGCCGCAAGUCUGGGUCAUCCUGCCAUGAUUGAUUGUACGGUAGAAGAGAUGAAAAAAGACACUAUCAUCAUGUGGAUUACUAUUUAUUACGACAGCACCGGUUUACACUGUCCACUACACAUUAUUGAGAAUUCAAUUCACUCCAUGAUUGGGAUUAUGUGGUGAAUCAGCAUCAGGCAGAGCAAUGACCAAGUGAGGUUUUCCUUUACUCUGUUUUGAUGGUGAUGACAUAUGGAAAUGUUAGUGAAUCGUCAGCGUACGACAAGAUCACAGAGAUUUAAGUCCUGCCAUAAAUCCGACUGUGCAGUUCUUCAUUGAAACUCAUUCAAUAUAAAGCGUUAAAAGUUAUUCCUGCUAACCAGGCCAGGGAAAGGUCAAGUUUCUGUCCAAGUGAUGGUGGAGUUGUACUCCACAGAGUUGUGGCUCAGGGAGCAGUGAGGGUCAGAGAUGAUUUACAUUAAAUUAAAUGCUGUGUGUGGACUUAAGUAAGCGCAGGCUUCUAUCACUGUAUGGAUUAUUUAGUGGCUUAUCUCUGCAAUUGCUGUACAUCUGAUGAAAUAAGGUCCAAGUAAUACUUUCUGUAAAGCUAAUGUGUUGAAAAUUGAAGCACUUACACCAUAAAGACACAAACUGUAUUGAUCUCUAUGAAAAUAAAAUAAAAAAUCAGUAUUUUGCAGAGGUAACUGUAUGAGCAGCUUGAGAUAUUUAAAGAGUCAUAGUCUGAACCAGCAGGGCUGGCUGGAUUCAAGAAUGACAAGCAAUGUGGUUGUUCUGGAAAAUUUGAGAUAAAGCAUCUUCCUAUUUGAAGCCAUGUGUGUUUUUAAAUCAGAGUGAAAUCAGCUCUAUUGAAAGCUUCCCAGAAAAAAGAAAGACUUGCUGUCACUGGUAAUCGUCUCUCAAGCUUUCAUAAUAUCUUUAAAUUCCUUUUUUAUUGCCACUCAGCCCAUCCUGCCAUUACAGAAUCAUCCCUCUAUGAUAGUAUUAGUGUUUGGUAUUCUUCUGACUGAUGCAGCUCAUGGGACUGUUCAACUAGAAAUUCUCUGGGAAAACACAAAGCAUGUUGUUCAACAUUUUUGUGUUGUUCUUGGAAACUUUUAUUUUUGCAUCCGAUGUCAGCCUUGUGAUCGAAACGGCAAAGCUUCACUGUCUUUGUUUACACACAUUUGGAGGAUGUAAAAUGACAUUUAGAUUGUAAGGCUAAUGUAUGCAGUGGGAAAUGCUCAGAAAAUACAGUGAGUUCCUAAAAAAAGGGAGGAAAAAGCUGAGAGGUAGUGACGACUUUGGUUCCGCUUCGCUUUGUUACUUCUGUGUAAGGUGCAUCACACGUUUGCAGAGAACCGUAACACUGACAGCAAGAGAUCACAGUUAAGUUACACCUCGAGUCAGGUGAAGAUUUGAUUGAAGACAUCAUUUUCAACUAGGGUAAGAAAAUGACUGACUGUCUUUUAAGAUUACUAAGUAGCUUUUCUUGCUUGUGUAUUUGAAUCUGACCCAGGGAGAAUCUAUCAAUUACUCACAGAUAAAUACUCAGUAAUAACAUCAAACAGAGAAUGUAGAUGUGAAACAUGCUUAUAAUUUUCCCAGUUCUGUGAGAUUCAUCUUUGAAGCUGGUUUUAAGUUCCUUUUUCACCAAAUGAAAAUCUUAAAAACUGCAACAAAAGACAAGAAAUACUUUCAUUUUUUUCUUUUUCAUUUGUUCCAGAUUUUUAAAAGACACACAAAAAAACCUCAUGUUCAAACAGGACAGAACAAAACAGAUGACUUUUAGAGGUCAUUUUGAGCCAUGAACACACAGCUUUGGUAUCACUUCUGUUAAAUAAUUCACUUGUCUGAGUUAGACAGACAGGUCCCAGCAUGUCAGCUUUUUUGGUACCUCACCUAUCACAUACUUGGAAGAAAAUCAUUAUUUUUUAUUAUUAUUAUUUAAAUCAAAUUAAAGCAUAGUAGUCAUCCUUUAUCCUCAUUUUUCAUAACGGAACUUUAGACCUCUGUAAAGUUCUUGUAUCUAUUACUUUAUUUGGCUGAUUACAAGCAUUAACUUGAGAAAGAGGCUUUGCUACUGUGUUCUGGACCAGUUGCCGGUGAGAGAGGAUUAUGUGGUGAUACCAGAAAGUAAUCCAGUCAAAAACCAGUUCGACUAUGACUUUUUUUUUCCAGGUUGACUUGUGACUGAAUAGACCUGAUUUCAGACAUGGAUCUUGACUGAAUAAAACCGGACUGGACAACUGAUUUCUGAUUUAGAGAGCAGUACUUUAGAAAACUUGAGGCCAUCCCUGAGAGCGUUUAACCCGCAGCAAGACUUUAGCUUCUUUGGUCACCAGGUCUCAUUGGUAUAGCUGUGUGUUAUUUGCUUAACAAUUGGAAGAUACAUCAAAUUAAAGUGUGCCCAAAAUUGAUCCUUGGAGUACACCACAAGUAAUAUGAGAGGAGGAGGAGAGGUAGUUACCUAUGAUGGUUGCAAAGGUUGAAGUCAACGUCACCCUUUUUAUUCAUUUAGUCAGAAAACAUCUUGAGUUAGCAAGCAGCUUAACCACGAUGGCAGGAUAAUUUUCCAGUUCAUAUUUAUUGAUUCCUUCUUCAGGAAUAAGGUCACUAAUAAAAGCAAACCCAGUCGUAGGUGGGUUUAUAGACAGUGGCUCCAUUUCAAAGAACAGAGUAAAACACUGGUGGACUAGAUACAACAUUGAGAGAGAGAGAGAGGGUGGCACCAGACCAGUUGCUAUGGAAACAAGGAGUGAUUCAUGGGUUGGGGGUCUCCAGGAGCUCAGGAGUAUGUGAUUUGUUCAAAGUGGUGAGUGAUAAGUGUCCAAGUUCAGCCCGCGCUGUGUGUUGGUGGAGAGCAGGAGUGUUUCUGGCAGAUCCUGGAAGUUCAGUUUGUUGUUGGAGCAACAUGAAGGCAAUCUGUAUUUUUCAAAAAAGAAAAAAAAAAGAAAAAAAGAAACCUAUUGCCAAAAAUCUGCACUCCCACUCCAUAACAGUAGAGAAAACUAACAGUUAUCGACUUAUCUUCGCAUUGUUAUCAAGCAUGUAGAUGAUUGCAGAUACACAAACAUUGGUGCCCACGUGCAUCAUGAUCAUCUGAAGGUCCUGAGUGCGUGAGUGGUUUUUUAAUGUCAACAGCUGUGGCACCAUAAAGAUGAUACACAGAAGCUGCUUCAUGUAGUCCACUGUGAGUGUGUGUCAGAUAGAGAAUCACAUUUUUUUCUCAUUAGCGAUUGUUGGUGCAUUUCUUACAGUUUGUGUAGAGUGAAGCCUGGACCAGUCAUGUUUUUGCAUUAUGAAGCAUCUCUGUUUUAGCUGAUUUACACAACAUUGCAUUGAAAUCUAAGACAAUCAUGGAAGUCAUUUAUCAAAGUCUGAUUUUAUACAUGUCACACAAUCAUAUCUGACCACAGCCUAUCAGUGACACCGGACACCCACAGAUACAUUUGUUACUAAUAUCUGCUUACUGUGAUGGUGGAGGGAGGCUCUGACUGGAAUGAUGAGGUAUUGUCUUCUGCAUAGGUUUUGAUAUUUUUGGAUUAAAGUUUCACGAGAAAAAAAUGUACAAUAUCCAACAAAAAAUCAGCAUAUGAGUAAUUUUAAGGCCAUUAUUAGUUAGUGUGAUGGAAACUGAUAAAGCUGAAGAAAAUGUAACAUCGUUCUUUUUCUGGUUGGGGGGAUUUGUUGUCAUGCAUUCAUUGGCCGUGUAUAGGGCUGGACGAUAAAACGAUAAAUAUAUUUAUUGAAAAUUAAUUUCCCUCAAUAUCAAUAUAAAACAUGGUCAGUAUGCUCGAUAGUCGACAUUCUGCCAUGUUUUAGAAGACUAUACGAAUAGCCAAUGAAAAGGGGAGUUGACCCGGGUCUGCAUUGGGCUAAACCAAGCAUGUGCAGAUUUAGGAACCAAAUAGCAAAUAACUACGUAGUAUCAAGCUGCAGCUACAUGCAACCACAGCACUUUAACACGUGAAGCCGACAGCACUGUCGUGAGAAAAAAAGAAAAUGAGUGGUGGAAAAUGGUGGUGUGGAGGUAUUUUGGUUUUUGAGGUUAGACAUGAAGCAGAGUAAUGUGCAUUACAAAUUAUAUCGAGGACAUGUUCUCACAAAGUCGGGGGAUUACCCCAAAUCUUUUCCCCCACCUGAAGCCAGAAAACUAAACAGCCAAAACAGCCGACCAUUCAGUCCACUUUCUCUAGCGCAACGCCUUACGACAAAACGUCGAAGAGACACAAAGACCUCAAAGAUGCAGUAGCUUAUUGUAUUACAAAAGACAUGCUGCCAAUAAGCACUGUUAAAUUUCAUUCAAGAGAAACAGGGAACACUCAAGAUUAACAAGGGAUUUUUUUAUAUCAUGAUAUUUAUCAAUAUUGACUGAUAUGAAAAAAAAAAUACUGUGAUAAACUUUUUCUCAUAUCGCCCAGCCCUAGCGGUGCAUAGAUAAACAUGAAUUAUUGUUGUUUCCAGUUUUGUAAUCCUACCCUAGCGGUCCUUGUUUGAAAAAUCUUUUAGAUUCAUGUGGAUUCUGAUUGUUUCUUCAGUUUUGUGGGUCCCAAGCUACGCUGAGGAGUUUGUAUGAUCUCAUACUUUAUCAGCAUUGCAUAAGCUAUACACCACCAAAACAGAAUGAAUGUAAGUUUGAAUGUAUGUGGUUAAAUAUCGAGGUUAAUAAGUGGUGGUCUAUUGAGGACAAGGCCUGAAACCGCCCUAUAAAUACUUUCAUUUUUCUAUUAGGGAAAACUUUAAAAUACUGAUUUCCGCACUGCUCAUGUCAAUGUUAUUUAAAAGACACAGCUUUCUGUUAAUAUAAAAUAAAAAUCUAAAUAUUCAGCCUCAAACUGCUUUGAUGCAAAAACUUGCCUCUCUGCUUUACAUCGUGUCCAUCCGCACUAAUAGAGAUUAUAGUACAGAAACAGGCAGAGAGGUUUUAAGAGAGAUUAAAUGCUACAUUUUACAGUACUAAAUAAAAAAACCUUACUUAUAAUAAACUAUUUUCAUCUCUUACAGAUCAACUGCAAUCCAGCCUUGUAUGAACAAAAACCUUUGCUAACGGUGACAAUCAGAAAUGUCUUUGAAUGUUUUCAGGAUAAAAACUUUUAACACUCAUUUGCAUUUGUUGACAAACUAUUUUAACUACUAUUGACCUCUGAUCUGUGAUCUGUAACAACAAUUACUCAUCUUUCACACUUCAGCAGCUCUCUGAGGUUUUAUCAACUCAAAACGUCCACUUCAUACAUCUACAGACUGCAAACAGAAAGAUAAAGUGUCAGAGCAAAGAAGGGAAACCAAGAUUUUUUCUGACUUCCUCACUUUACUCUAUAGAGAGUGUGUGUGCUUACAUAUGUGUAGCUUUUCUGGUAGCAGCUCUGCAUCACCGCACCUGCUCUUUAGGCUGCAAGCACGAGACGAGAUGCGAUGAGAAAAAGCCAGACAGGAAGAAGCCGUGUAACUUAUUGAGAGCGCCGAAAAGGUUUCAGCAUUUCAGCAGAGGUGGAUUGACGUCAGUUUGGUCAAAGACAGGGCACAGGCGACAAAUGAGGGAGCUGGCUGGUCUGUGCGUAAAAUAAAUCUGCUUUGUCGGUAAGUUGCUUACAAAAAUUCUAACUCUGAAUUCUCUCUGGCCUUUGAAAAAGGGAAGCACUCUGUUUUGUUCUCUGUGGCAAACCACUUUUGCCUUGAAAUGACUCUUAACCUCUUCACUGACAACGUCAAAGGAAAGAUGUCUUCACAGCUGGUUGAAAGUCAUGUUGAUUUAAUUCUGGUGCUAGGUUUCGAGUUACAAGAAAACAUGUGUCUGUGUGAACAUACGGUGUGUGAGGAUAAGAGGAGAUUGUUGCAUUUAUUUCUCUUGCAUGUUGGCACUGAGUCAGUGAGCCAGGAAGGCCCCCUCCUCUGUGUUAGUGCCCGUCUAUUGUGAGCGUGUGCAGGCUGGACAUGGUGAGUGUGUGGUCCGCUCUGAUACUAUUUCGGGGAACUAUGGAACGGAAAGUGUGUAAAGGAAAGAGUAAUUAUAAAAGAAAACAGAAAAACAGAGGUACGGGGCAUUACUCAAGAAUAAACCACACGUCACAUCUGCUCGCUGCCUUAUUCUUGGCAUUCAGAGCUUGUUUAUCAAAGCUCUUCUUCCCCACAAAGUGAUUGUGUGCACACACUGAAAAGCUGUUCUGGGUUGAAUAUGGAGCUGUCGAUGAGGGAAAAAUAGCAGUGCGGGUAAAUGAUGUGUAAGAUGAUGUUGGUUAAAAAGAUUUCUUCCUUUUUUUUUUGCUGCAGGUGGCCAGUGGACCAGAGCAAAAGGGAAGCAGCAGGCACUGAAGAGUGCAGACAAAUGGAAACCAUGUUAG